AUGCAACUGCAACCUAUUUUCGUCAAAGAUGCCGAAAAAGUUGAAGCCACCUGCCAGUUCUGCAGUCUUCUGCUCCGAGAGGCACGAAAUCUGACACGCAGUGGUCGUGUUAUUCGCCAGGUCGACGGUCAACCCCUGACAUUCUUCUUCGAGCGCGACUGUCAGACGGGCGUUGCAGAGCAUGGCCUCGCUGAGUUCACAAAAACUAUCAUCCUAAAAGUCGAUCUACUUCCAGUGCCGACUCCAGAAGAUUUCGAGAUUAAGUUUAACAUUUGCCCUAUUUUCACGGAUAGAGGCGAUGAUCACCUUCAGUGUGUCCAGUUUGUCUCCACAGACAGCAUAGACUUGGGUUUGUGCAGCAAGUGGCUCCGAGAUUGCGAGACACGGCAUCUACCGUAUUGUCGGGACCUUGGUCAGGAAAUAGACAAGUUACCCUUGCCUCAAGAGUUUCGUUUGGUUGAUACCAUCGAUAACUGCAUCAUUCCAGCGCCUCAAGAUUGUCGUUAUAUCGCACUAAGCUAUGUCUGGGGCCGGGCUGCAACGUUAAAACUUAGCGAGGAUAACGCGGAGACAUUUGAACGCCCUGGAAGCCUAACACAGCAUAUAGCCGACGUACCCAGGACAGUUCAAGACGCAAUGCGCGUGGUCAGAUCUAUGGGUGAAAGAUAUUUAUGGGUCGAUCGUCUCUGUAUCAUUCAGGACUCACCUAAAAAAGAUGAACAAAUUGCCAAAAUGGACAGCAUUUACGGAGCUGCGGUCCUGACAAUAGUUGCCGCAUAUGGGUCAGAUGCUAAUGCUGGACUGAGAGGAGUUCGCCCAGGCUCGCGAACCUUUAACCAGUCUGCAGCCACUAUCUGGCACGACCUCACUCUUGUGGCAGCUGCCCCAUCACCAGGUGAUAUUACAGAGUCAAUAUGGGCAACUCGAGGGUGGACGUACCAAGAACAACUGCUAUCACAGCGAUUGCUGGUUUUCACAACAGAAGGUCAGGCAGUGUGGCAAUGUGCAUCUAGCCAUCUAUUAGAGGACACUUCAUCUAUCAUCAAAGCCCGCCCAGUGAGGCGCCUUAGACAAUUACGGGACAGCUUGAGGUUCAAUGAACGCCAGCCAGUGCCGAUCCCGACGCUGUCACCACUGCCUCUACAAAGGCCAGAUGCAAUCACUGAGUACAUGGCGGUGGUUCAAGGUUACACCAAGAGACGGUUUACCUUUGAAGAUGACGUUUUGGCUGCAUUUCAAGGUUUUGGAAGUAUCCUUCAGCGCUAUCUGAACUCUAGGUUUCUUGCUGGCCUUCCAGAAGCUUACCUGGAUCAGGCAUUGUUGUGGAUUCCAUCAAUUCAGCAAAAGCGGAGAGAAGGCAACGAGAAGUAUUUGCCUAGUUGGUCCUGGGUAGGAUGGAGUGGGCACGCACAUUACCAAGAUCUGGGCUCCUCAAACACCGAGAGAAUAGUGCCUGUUGUAAAAUGGUAUUACACAGAGAAUAGCCAGAUCGCCAAGCCUAUCAAUCAGAUCGGUAUUGGAAUAGAUGAGUCACGAUUUGGGAGAGAGAGGAGCUCAAAUACGUUCUGCUGGGUACCUAUUUUUGAGCUACUGGCUGAUUCACUAGACGUGCUGCCAACAAGCAAUCUGGAUUCACAGCAGCGUCCACUGCUGCAAUUCUGGACCUCUUGCUCGCUGUUCCACAUCGCUUCACGGCAGAGAGAUCGCCUGAUUACGGGUCAGAGAGAGUCAUCAUUGAAUCGUCCGAUCAAAGUACACAUUUUUCUGGGGGAAUCAGAGAGACAGCUCAGUGGAUACCUCAUCUUGAAUGGGGAAAGGUUGCCAGAGCUUGAUAUGUUUCGACACGAAUUUAUCGUCUUGUCCGAAGCCCAGUUUUCCGGAUUCAAUCCUGUUACUUCAGCAUGUACACCGUCAGCAGAGAGUUUGAUGUACAAUGUGAUGCUGAUUGAAUGGGAUGACAACCGGGAGAUGGCAUCUCGAUUGGGAAUUGGGAGAGUGCUGAAGCAGGCCUGGGACGCGUCAAAUCCUGUCAUCAAGUUCGUCACGCUGAGUUAA